UACAGUCUUUGUAAAUAAAAUCUGUCUGGAUCUGAGAACUACAUCUCCCUUCAUGCCUCGGGCACAGCUGACCAAGUACUGUCCAAUGCUAUUGGAGGAGUAGGGUCAUGGGACCGCGUGAACGUAACGUGUCACGUUGCUGUGAUUGGCUGAGGCGGAGGAGGUUGUGAUUGGCUGGUAGCAGGGAGGCGGUCAGUUUGUGUUACAGUUGGAAAGCGGUGUCCUGGCGGCAGUAGUCCCGCGGAGGGAGCGGAGUGUGUGCAUAUCGGUCAUUGUUAAUUGGAGAUUUUCUCAGCGGGUGUAAGAUAUGGCUUUGACACCCCCUCGAAAUACAUGCCAUGGCAGGUAUGGUACAUCGCCAUCACAGGACUCAUCCUUAUCCUCCAGCAACCCAGUCAAUCAAAUGGAUUCUACCCCAUUGCCUCCAGUUAAUGAGCGGUUGGCAUACCUGCGUCCAUCUCGAGAGCUAUUGGAAUAUUACCGGAGGAAAAUUGCAGAGUUUGAUGAAGAACAUGAAGAUUUAAUGAAGCGGCUUGAGCAAUAUAAAUCUACUUAUGAGGAACAGCAUAAACUGCAAUGGGAAAUGAGGCAGCGAGAGGAAGAGAUUGCAGAGCUGCAAAAAGCUCUAAGCGACAUGCAAGUUUUCCUCUACCAAGAACGUGAGCAUGUGCUGCGCUUGUACUCUGAAAAUGACCGACUCAAAAUCAGAGAGCUGGAUGACCGAAAGAAGAUACAACAGCUUUUGGCACUGGUGGGGACCUGCAGUGGAGAAAUAACCUACUUCCAUAAGGAACCUCCAAACAAGGUAACUAUCCCCCAGCGUACUAUUCAGUCUGGAGAUCCACAUGAGAGGAGGGAACAACACCAAAAUCGUGCAGGUGGUAAGCGAAUAACAUUGAAACCCACAAGCAAAGAAAACAUGAGGGUCGCAGAGAAGAAGGAUGAUCAAACACUCUUGCUGCAGAUAGAGGCAUUGCAGGCACAGCUAGAAGAGCAGACACGGCUGUCUAAAGAGCAAGUGGAGUCCUUGUUGGAUGACCGGAGGAUUCGAAUGGAAGAGGCACAGGUGCAGCAUCAGAGGGAUCAAGACAAGGUCAAAGAACUGACUGAGAAAUUGAAUAAAACUCAAAAGCUGCUCUAUGAAAGCACAAGGGAUUUUUUGCAGCUGAAAUUUGAGGGCCGAGCUAAUGAGAAAUCUUGGAUGGCAGAAAAAGACAGGCUUCUGCGGGAUCUAGACCGUUGCCGAGACCAGCUAACUGUGUCCGAGAACCCCGAGCGAGAGAAGGACCAUGAGAUGGAGGUCCUGCGUCUUUCACAAGCUGAAAGAGCAGCUCGGACGUCACGGAGUGAAGAAGUUAAGUCCCUCACAGAGCAAUUGGCACAAGUGCACCGUCUGUCAGAUAUGUACCGGGAGCAGUGUGUGGCACUGGAAGACGAACUGGCGAGGAUCCGAGAAGAGGGUGACGUGGGGCGUGAAAUCUUUAAGGAACGUUCUGAUAAAGUGGCCAAAAGACUGCAAAUGAUGACCCAGCGCUAUGAGGCACUGGAAAAGAGGCGCAACAUGGAGGUUGAGGGCUUCAAAACUGAUAUUAAGUUGCUCAGGCAGAGGUUAAAGGAUGUAGAGAAACAGCUGUUCAAGGUAACUUUAAACAUUGGCCCAGACCAAGACCUCGCCAUCCUGAGUGCUGUGCGCCAAGGGAACAAACGCACACACAAAAUCCAAGGGGAGCUGCGCAACCUAAAAGCCAAAAUCUAUGGGCUGGAGAAUGAGCUCCGAAUAGGAUGAAGGAUUUUUGCAGUUAUGAAAAUCGUUGUUGGAUACAGUCAGACUGAAAUGCUAACCUUAAUACAAAGAAGUGAAUUAAAUGGACAGCUGUUCUCUCGACAUGUUUAAUUGAAAUUUAAAUUAUUAAAGAUUUUUUGUAUUUUUUUACUACUGUAUUAAAGUUCUAUUAAAAGCAAGUAAUGUUACUAUAUGUGACUGUUUGUAAUUGUGAGUUUCAACAAUAUUUGUAUUCAAUGUUGUGAUGCAAUCAUCAAAAAAAUAAUUUUCGCUAGAACAGUGGUUCCCAACACAGUCCGCAAGUACCCCUUACCAGUCAAGGAUUUAUGGAUUACACCUUAGACACACCUGGGUAAUCCCUAAAUCCUGGACUGUUAGGGGGUACUUGAGGACUGGGUUGGGAGCCACCACUCUAGAACAUUCAGAGGUGGUGAUGCAAGUGGUUGAUUUUUGGGCAUAGACUGUAUACACUUCUGUUAUUUUAUAGGACUUGACACUUUUUUGAAC